GCUCACAAAGCAGUUUCUACUCGUGUUCGUUGUGUACGUGCGGUGUUAACAGUCCGAUUUUCAAGAUGAAAGCAAUGGUGUGUGCUCUUGCCCUGGCCGCCGUCCUGGCCGUUGCCAACUGUGCUCCGUACCAAAUUGCGUACCUGAUCCCGGUCGAUGCCCCGGUGGCCCGUGUCGCUCGUGCCGCACAGUUCAGCGGCAGCGCUGCUAACGCCGGUUCUCAGUCGUUCAGCGCGGGCGGUUUCCCCGGCUUCGGUGGAUUCUCUGGCUCGGCCGCUAACGCUGCCUCGCAGUCGUUCACCUCCGGCGGUGGCUUCCCCGGCCAUGGUGGAUUCUCGGGCUCUGCUGCCUCGGCCGGCGCUCAGUCCUUCUCGGGCGGUUCCGGAUUCCCAGGACUCGGUGGAUUCAGCGGCUCGGCAGCCAACGCCGGUGCUCAGUCGUUCAGCGGUUAAGCUGUAAGCUAAGUACCGCAGCUUCCUCGCUCCAGGAUUCACGAGCGGGAACGAAGCAGCAACGCCUGGUGCGAUAAGAUCCGCACGCAUACUACGCCGAACAGGAAAAGAACCAAGAAACACACACACACAUACUAACAUACUUAUAUCAAUGUUACUCUACUGACGGCCAGGAUUACGUUCUAGAAAUCGGUAGUCUGUACAAUGUACACACGUAAACACAAGAUGUACAAAAUUUUGUUAAAAAAAGGAAGCACACACGCGAAACAACGAAAUUACAUUGACACACAUGACACUUGCGUCCGUCGUCGACAUGACUGCGGAAGCACAACAAAAAAAACAUCGUACGAACAACGAACAGCAACAGCACAGCGCUAAAACAAACAAAAAAGCAUACUCAAGGUGGUCGAUUGUGA